GACACAUUUACACUAAUGAUAAAGAUCAGUGGUUUGCAAAAGUUUUAGUUGACAAUAAAUAUGUUAUGCCUUUUCUUGUUGAUACAGGUGCUGAUGUAAGUUGUGUCUCUAGAAAUAUGUUGUCUGAUUUCUACAAAAAUAAAAUGUAUGUUUGCCAGGAGCCCAUAGGGGGCCUGAUAAUAAAAAACUAGAAAUUGAGGGUAAAAUUGAUGUUAAUUUGACUUAUAAUGAGAAUAUGUGUUCAGAAUCUUUAUAUGUUGUAAAAAAUCUAAAGGUGCCUAUCCUUGGUCGGCCUGGAAUUAUAAAAUUAAAAAUGCUUAAUAUUAAUAAAAAUAGUUCACGUUAUAUUAAUAACUUAGUAUCUAAAAAUAUAAAUGCAUUUGGGGCAGAAUCAGAGACCUACAGUGCUAGCAAGUACUCAUUAGAAACGAUAGCUGAGUCAUUUCAAGGAAUAUUUGAUGAUAUUGGGGAAUUUAAAACAGAAAUGAAACUUGAGCUAAAAUCUAAUGUUCAGCCAUUUGCUCAGUCAGUACCACGAGUAGUUCCAUUACCACUCAUGCCCAAGUUAAAAGUUGAGUUAGACCGUCUACUUCAGUUGGGUAUAAUAAAAUCAAUUGAAGAACAUACCAGGUGGGUAAGUCCUAUUGUUUGUGUACCAAAGGGUGACUCUGUUAGGUUGUGCGGAGAUUACACAAAACUUAACCAAAGUGUAUUAAGAGCUUAUUUCCCACUUCCAAAAAUAGAGCAUACUUUGGCUCAACUGAAAAAUUCAAUAAUAUUUUCUAAGCUCGACACAACUAGUGGUUACUUCCAAAUUAAACUGAAACCAGAAAGCCAAUUGCUAACUACAUUCAUCACACCAUUUGGUCGAUACUUUUUUACACGUCUUCCCUUUGGAAUUUCAUGUUCUCCAGAAUAUUUUGCACUUAGGUUUUCUAAGAUUCUUUCAGGUAUGAAAGGGGUAGUCUUUUAUAUGGAUGAUAUUUUAAUCCAUGCUAGUUCAGUCAAAGAACAUGACGAAAUUUUAAACCAAGUUCUAAUAAAAUUACACAGUGAAGGUAUAACCCUUAAUAAAAACAAAUGUGUCAUUGCUGCUAAGUCAGUCAAGUACUUGGGGCAUAUCAUCACUACUUCUGGGGUUAAAAUAGAUCCUGAACGGGUCAGAGCAAUUAGAGAAUUCCCAGAACCAGAAAAUAAAACAGAACUUUUAAGAUUAUUAGGUAUGAUUAAUUUUGCGGGUAAAUAUAUUAAAAACAAAUCUGAAAUUUUAGAACCUUUAACAUCUCUUCUAAAAAAGGACUCAGUAUUCUUAUGGGGACCUGCUCAAAUUCAAGCUCUAAAGACUCUAAAAAAAUGUUUAGAAAGUUCCCCAAAUUUAUCAUAUUUUGAUGCGAACAAAACUAUUGUUGUAAAUUCAGACUCUAGUUGUUUUGGCAUAGGAACUUGUCUGAUGCAAGAAAAUCUAGAUAAAUCUCGCGAAAUAGUGGCAUUUUCAUCUCGAUUAUUAAGUCAAGUAGAGGGUCGAUACGCGCAGAUAGAAAAAGAAGCCCUGGCAAUUACGUGGGCAGCUGAAAAGUUUGCUGAUUAUAUAACAGGGGUCAAAGAUUUGAUUUUUGAAACAGACUCAAAACCCCUUGUUCAAAUUUUACAGACGAAAAAUGUGGAUGAAUUAUCUCCUAGGUUGCAGCGGUUUCGGAUGAGAUUAAUGCGUUACAAUUAUAAAGUAGUUUACAUCCCAGGAAAACAGUUGGUUGUGUCAGACGCACUAAGUCGAAGUCCCAUAAAAAAUUCUGUACCUAGUAAUGAUGAGUUGACAGGUAUUGAAGUCGAGGGGUAUGUUAAAUCGGUAAUCCGUAAUUUACCCAUAAAAGAUCGGUUUAUAAAGCAAAUAAUCGAGGAACAAAGCAAUGACCCUGUUUUACAAAUAAUAAAACAAUAUACGUUGACUUCAUGGCCAGAAAAGUCUAAAAUUCCUGUGCAUGUUUUGCCAUAUUUUCAAUUCAGAUAUGAUAUAUCAUUUUGUGAAAAUUUGUUAUUAAAAAGUUCUCGAAUUAUUAUACCAGCAGCUUUACAACUUAAAUGUCUAGAAUAUAUUCACACAGGUCAUCUGGGGGUAGUCAAGUGCAGGGACAGGGCUAAAUCUACAGUGUGGUGGAUCGGGCUGUCUUCUCAAAUAGAAAAAAUGAUUAGAAAUUGUCCCAAUUGUGUGGAAAAUCGUGAAAAUAUAAAAGAAACUUUUUACAAAGAAGAAUCAUGUACCCGACCUUGGGAAAAGAUAGCGCUAGAUCUUUUUAAACUGGAUAAAUGGUUCUUGAUUGUCGUGGACUACUACUCCAGAUAUUUUGAAAUAUUUGAGCUCAGUUCCAUGACUGAAAUUGUUAUUAUAAAUCACUUGAAAGGUUUAUUCUCUAGAUAUGGUAUUCCCAAUAUUGUGCGUAGUGACAAUGGACCACAAUUUUCAACAUUAUUUAAGAAAUUUGCUUCAAAUUAUAAUUUUAUUCAUGUAACUAGUAGCCCAUACUUUGCACAGAGCAAUGGAUUAGUUGAACGGGCAGUUAAGACUGCUAAAGAACUAAUCAAAAAGAAUAGUGAAGAUAUAUUUUUAGCGCUCUUAGCCUAUAGGGCUACACCUUUAAGGUGUGGACUUUCACCAGCAGAGCUGUUUUUCUCUAGAAAAUUAAGAACUAAUCUACCACAGUUGUCAUUAAAUUUGGAACAAUCGGUUGUUAAGGGGGGAGUGUCAUUAAGAGAAAGGGAAAAUAAGGAAAAACAAGCAGAUAAUUAUAAUAGUAGACACCGAGCCAAGGAUAUGCAACCUUUAUAUGUGGGCGAUUCUGUCUGGAUUAUUGAUAUUAGGCAAUAUGGAAAGGUAAUUGAAAUUUGUGAAGAACCACGCUCUUAUGUUGGUCAAACUAAUAGUGGUCAAUUCAGACGUAACAGAUGGCAUUUGGUCCAGGCACCUUACUAUACUCCUGAUACCAGUAACCAGUUAGUUCCUAAGAAAUUUGUUGACGGCAGCGACUUAGCAACUCCAGGCUUCUCCCACAAAGAAAAGGAGAAUGAGAAUAUAAAUAAUUCCUCUGAUACUUUAGAGACUAUACAUGGGAGUCAGAGUUGUGGAGUCGAUGCUUCACCAAAUAAAAGUGAUGUCCAAAGUGAACACUUACCUGUACAGGAACCUGAUCUGUUAUUGAGGCCUAAAAGGAACAUUAAAAAGCCAAUUUACUUGUCCGACUAUAGUUGUUAAGUUAUGUAUAUUAUGUUAUGUUAUGUAUUCAUUCUAUAUUUGCUGGGGUCCUGGAAUUCUCAUAGAGAGCUCUGUGGCUUACCUCAUUUAAAAAGAGGAGAAUGUAGAGUCAGCUCAGUAUGCAACCACUUAUACGUUUCCUUCAGAAACGUAGUCGGUACUUGAGACAGAACCUCUUUGGGGAGAACGACAGGAUGUCAAGAUGGGAGUGGAAGUUAGGUUAAUAAUAUGGAUUGUCGCUUGGAAAUAUAAUUGUAAUAAAGUGCUAAAUAAAGAUUGUCUCAAUAAUUCUACAGUAAUAACUUAGUAAUUAAUAAUAUUCAUUAGUCAUUUAUAAUAAUAUGUAGUAAUAUUUAGUAAUUUAUAAUUAGUAGGUAGUAGUAAUAGUCGUAAGUAGUAAUUAAUUUAGUGAUAAUAAUAAUAUAAUUGGUGCAUCUACAGAGACAGGUUUAUCUUCACAUAUUAAAAGAGCAAGAAUUGGAGGAGAACAUUUUAAAAAUGAUGCUCUCAGAUGAAGGUAAACCAAAAAAGAGUAAAACUGAUGAAAUGUAUGUGAAUAGGGUUGAAGAAGGAUACCAAACCAAUUUAAUAAGUAAAUAUAUGGUUGAUAAUGAGACCAAGUUUCAUAGUUUCUUUCGCGUGACGAAGAACCAGCUCCAUUUCUUGUUAUGUGCUAUUAAGGAAGACAUAACGAAAUCUCCUACAAGAAUGGUAAAGAGAAUGAUAACACUAUAUAUAACACCAGAAGAAAAACUUGGUGUCACAUUAAGGUUAUCGGUUAUCCAUGAAAAUGAAAUAAAUAUAUGAAAUGUGAUGACCAAUGACCACGCGACGCUACAUAGAUACUCGCGCGGCAAAUUUGAAAAUGAACGCAAAUUGAAUAGUAAAUGGCCUCUCUUAAAAUCUUGUAAUGGAAAAUUUUACCCCUCCAGGAAGACAUUGUACUAUGUUCAUAGAAUAUCUUGUGGUAACUUUCCACCCAUAAUUUAAUCAGAUAGAUGUUCACGGAAUCCGGAAUAGAACGGUAGUCUGGAAUGUUUUGUGUUGUUAGGAUUAAACUUUUAUUUUAUUUAUUCUUGAAUAUUUCCUAUUGUAAAACAUUGUAACCAAUAAUUUACAAAUAAGAUUUUCAUUACAUUACAUAAAAUCAAAAACAUGUUUUGGAUAUUAAACUAUAUAGUUUAUAAUUGUAAUAAUUGUAUAUACAAUUUUGAAUUAAGAUUUAAUCUUUUCGAUUUAAACUACAGUAAAACCUGUGUUACCGGCCCCCUGCAAACACCGGCCACCUGUACUAACGGCCAGUUUAAAAAUUCCCCAAACCAAUUACAGUAAAACCUGUCAGUAACGGCCACUAAAAAUGAAAAAGCUAUUGGCCGAUAUAGAAAGGUGACCGGUAUUGCCAGUUUUUGUAGUCUAGAUAUAAUUGGUUUGGGGAAUUUUUAAACUGGCCGUUAGUACAGGUGGCCAGUAACACAAGUUUUACAGGAUAUCUAGACUACAAAAACUGGCAAUAACGGCCACCUUUCUAUAUCGGCCAAUAGUUCUUUCAUUUUAGUGGCCGUUACUGACAGGUUUGACUGUAUUUCAUUAACGUAAAGUUAACGCGUAAGUUGAUAUUUUAUUGAAUUAUUUUGCUAUUUGAUCCCGUAAUUGGUAUAAUGUGUCCAAUAUAAAAUAUAUAAGCGUUCAUAAAACGUCCGUAUUUCGUCCAGUAUGGACGUCCAAAGGACGUUCAACGUCGGACGUCCAUAUUUAUUCCGUCCGAAGGACGUCCAACGUCGGUCGUCCAUAUUUAUUCCUUCCGAAGGACGUCCAACAUGGGACGUCCGUUUAUAGUCCAUGGACGUAAGGACCAAAAAUGGACCUAUUUUGGACGUCCGAAGGACGUCGUAUGCUAUUAGGGUAAUAUCUAACCAAGCAUUUUAAGACCUUUUUAUUAAUUUUUCGAUGAUAUAUUUGUGUUUUUAGUUUGUUCAAAAUAUUCUAGAUUAUUGUACACUAUAAUAGAUAGCCAACUAAAUAAACACAAAAUUUUUAUUUUUGUUACAGCCUGUAUAUAAGUUUACCUAUAUAUACAGUGCAUUACGCACCACCUUAAAAAUUGGGCAUUUUUGAUGUCUCGAAUUUCCUAAACCUGUUGUCCCAUCUAAGUGAUUUUUUUAUAAUAAUAUAGCCCGAGGCUAUAGGUUACUUCCUUAUGCUUGUCAUGCACGGGGAGCUAUACUGUAAUAUAUAUUAUAUCACAUCGCUCUCUAUAGUAAUGAGUGAGCCUGCACAUACGGAACCAUUAGUUCCCUGUCUGCAGGCUCACUCAUUACUAUAGAGAGCGAUAUAAUAUAAUAUUACAGUAUAGCUCCCAGUGCAUGACAAGCUUAAGGAUGUAACCUAUAGCCUAGGCUAUAUUAUAAAAAAAUCACUCAGAUGGGACAACAGGUUUAGAAAAUUCGAGACAUCAAAAAUGCCCUAUUUUUAAGGUGGUGCGUUAAUUUCUUGGAGAAGUGUAUUGUAAUUUAAUGUAAAUAAUGUAAUAUCCAAUAAUUGUAAUUUAAUAUAAGAUGUAAUAUAAGUUCCUUAAAAA